AUGGAACAACAAGCGAAAGCACCACCUGAGAUCAAAAAGAUUGCCCAAUUCUUGCGAGGGAGUAAUGCGGGCAUGAAAAUUCGCGUAGGGGCCUUGAAUGGGAAGCGUUUGGAUUACUUCAAGGGAAAGUCUGCUAUCAAAGCUCUACUCUCGCCCGCCUACGCCAAACUGAAAGGAGCCCAAAAAAUUACAUCAGAAGCUGAAGCGCAGACCAUACUUCAGGCCGUAAAUGCCUUCGCCUUCUUCUUGCGUGUUCAACGUGGUGGCCCAACUGGAUCCACUUCCUCGUCACCAAAGGCUCUGCAAAUAAUACCCGAGCAAAUGUUCUCGCCAGACGAAUACUACGCAUGGUUCUACGAGGGCUCGCAAUGGACGACAUAUGCGGGAGGAAUCCUCAUGGUGGCUCUUAUGCUUGGCGGUGUUAUGUUUCCGCUGUGGCCACCCAUUAUGCGUUUGGGAGUAUGGUAUCUCAGUAUCGGAAUGCUCGGCCUCAUUGGUCUAUUCUUUGUCAUUGCAAUUGUCCGCUUGAUAUUCUACGUCAUCACACUCAUUGUCGCAAGCCCUGGAAUUUGGAUAUUCCCUCAACUAUUCGCUGACGUCGGAUUUGUUGAAUCAUUUAUUCCGUUGUGGGAGUGGGAUCUUCCAAAGAAAAAGUCCAAGAAGAAAAAAUCUGACAAAAAAGAGAAAGGGAAGUCAUCAGCUGAGAAGCACAAAAGCAACGGCGGCGCGUUUAUCGAAGAAGUCCCUGAGUCGGAAGAUUCUCGGCCUCAAUCGCGUAGUGCCCGCAUUGAAGAAGUUGAGGAUGAGGACGCCUAG